CAUAAUUUAAGAAAUGAAUAAAUAAUAACUCCCACAUCAAAGGACAACACAAGGACAAUUUGAUAGCUGAAGUAACAAUGUCAUUGCUGAUGUCAUUAUUGCGGGGCCCCUAAAGUCAUAAAAGGUGAUAAUUUACUAUAAAUUUGUACGCGUCAACCUGCCAACUUGUAAUGCAGGCUGCAUGUUUUGCUAGACUUGCACAUAAAGGAAGAAAGAAAGGGCAUACAGACGAAAAUCCAUUCAUUAACAGUUUGUCAACAUUUAUAACUGCAGAGUUAAAUUAUUUUCAUUAAUGACCUAAUAAGUAUAUAUACAGCAGACCUGAUGAUGACUUAGAACAUGUGAAACACUAACCCUUUAUGAAUAGCUUAUAAUCAUUUAUAACUGCAGACCUGAUGACUUAAUAGAGAGUGUGAAACAUUAAACCCUUUAUUAAUGAUUGCUAAUCAUUUAUGAUGAUGAUUUAUGAAGGUCUACUUCCUUGUUCAGGUACAAAACGCAAAGCCUGUGCAGUGUGAAUGCAGUCUCAGCAUUUUACAGCCUGUUCAAAAAACUUUUUUAUAACAGUUUGUGGUAAUAUGAAAGUGGUAUUAUUACAGAUGUUUUACUUUAUCCCACUGAAACAUUCAACCUUUGAACAUAUUACCUUUGUUGUCUUCUAGCUGCUGAUGCUGUAAAUAGUGAAUAAUUACCUGAUAGUCACUGAUUAGUCAUCAGGCCUGCAGUUAUAAAUUAUGACAAGUCAUUAAUUAAGGGUUAAGUGGUUCACACACAUGAAUUUAUGGCAAAUUAUCUUGUCUUUAAUGGCUCCGUACGUUAUAAAUCUGUGACCCUGUUCAAUAAGUAAAUCCUAACCUGACUCCAAUAAGCCCCUCUAUCUUUUUACAGGGGAUUAGAAAGAGGAGGAGGAGGAAGAGGAGGAGUAGGAGGAGGAAGAGGAGGAGCUGCACAUGGAGGAAGAGGAGGCGUCCUGUCUAUCUGUGUCCAGAGGAGAGGAGCGGCCGCCAUGUUAACCAAGAAGCCCGGAGCCUCGGUCCUCCCGACGGGCAAAGUGGGCGAGCCGGUCUACUCUCCUGGUCACAGCGGCUCUCAGACAACGUCACCCAUCGCCCUGCCGCCGCUUCGCAACAUCAACCACAACCCCCUGACGGGAGGCUCUAAAGCCACCAUGUCGGACGCUGUCCAGCUAUCGUCGCAGUCGCAGGUCCACGUCACCCAGCUGUAUGAGGAGAACACCAACAAGCGUCCGGUCCUGACCUCCCAGCCCAACGGCCUGGCACCACUCAGCUCCACCCGGCCAGGCCUGCCCCUGCCGGACCGCCAGACCUCGGCCUCAGAUGGCCCCCAUCACUGCCGCCAGGGCAGCGCUGCCUCUAACAAGUCCGCGGACAGCAAGCCAAAGCCUACCGCGCUGACGCCGGAGCAGUCCAUGAAGCAGUUCAUGGCCAAAAUGUCGUCGUUCGAACACCACGAGGUUUUCAGCUACCCUGAGGUGUAUUUUGUUGGUCCAAAUGCUAAGAAGAGGUCAGGAGUCAUGGGCGGAGCCAACAACGGCGGCUAUGACGAUGAUCAGGGAUCCUACAUCCACGUCCCACAUGACCACAUCGCAUACCGCUACGAAGUCCUGAAGGUCAUCGGCAAGGGCAGCUUUGGACAGGUGGUGAAGGCCUUCGACCACAAGUCUCAGAGCCACGUGGCUCUGAAGAUGGUCCGCAACGAGAAGCGGUUCCACCGGCAGGCGGCGGAGGAGAUCCGCAUCCUGGAGCACCUGAGGAAACAGGACAAAGACUCGAGCAUGAACGUCAUCCACAUGCUGGAGAACUUCACCUUCCGAAACCACAUCUGCAUGACCUUCGAGCUGCUCAGUAUGAACCUGUACGAGCUCAUCAAGAAGAACAAGUUCCAGGGCUUCAGCCUCCCGCUGGUCAGGAAGUUCGCCCACUCCAUCCUGCAGUGUCUGGACUCGCUGCACAAGAACCGCAUCAUCCACUGCGACCUCAAGCCCGAGAACAUUUUACUCAAGCAGCAGGGACGCAGCGGAAUCAAGGUCAUAGAUUUUGGUUCCAGCUGUUACGAACAUCAGAGAGUUUAUACCUACAUCCAGUCCAGGUUCUACAGAGCGCCAGAGGUCAUUCUAGGCUCCAGGUAUGGGAUGCCUAUCGACAUGUGGUCUCUGGGUUGCAUCCUGGCUGAGCUGCUGACCGGUUACCCGCUGUUGCCGGGUGAAGAUGAAGCAGAUCAGCUGGCCUGCAUCAUCGAGCUACUGGGCAUGCCCAGUCAGAAGCUCCUUGACGCCUCCAAGCGAGCAAAGAACUUUGUGUCAUCCAAAGGCUACCCGCGGUACUGCACUGUUACGACACUGCCCGACGGCACCACUGUGCUGAAUGGCGGGCGCUCGCGUCGGGGGAAGGUACGCGGCCCGCCGGGCAGCAAGGACUGGAGUGCAGCACUGAAGGGCUGUGAUGACCCACUGUUCCUGGACUUCCUCAAACAGUGUCUGGAGUGGGACCCGGCGCUCAGGAUGACGCCCAGUCAGGCGCUGCGCCACCCGUGGCUGAGGAGGCGACUCCCCAAACCGCCGGCAGGAACCACCACGGGGGAGAAGACCUCCUCGUCCAAAAGGGGAACCACCGACGGCGCCAUCACCUCCAUCUCCAAACUCGCGACAACCUCCACAACCACAACAUCCUCCUCCUCCAAAACCAGGACUAACUUGGCAGCAAUCACCGACGCCAACGGAAACAUCCAACCUAGGACGGUUCUGCCAAAGUUGGUCAGCUGAGAGUGAACGCACCCCGCUUGCUGUGGUGGGAAACGAGACAAGCAACCGUGGGCAACCAGCUGGACCUGAAUAAAACUGGUUUGCCCAGUUUUGAAGAGCAUUUGGUUUUUUUAAAGCUGGUUUUCACAGCGUUGGGGUGCGUUCAGGACAAAUGCGGUCAUGGAAACUUGGCAUUGGGGUGGUAAAAUGAGCAGAAGGGCCAGGCUGGGAUGUGUUCAUGUAAGUGAGCUGAAGGAAAACCGAUGACGAUAAAUUGUGGUGCAUUCAGACUCCUCAAAUUCUCAGUCCUGUCUGAAAACGACAGCAGUUGGUUUAUAAUGUGAGCAGCGAGAAGUGACCACAUUAACAUUUAAACAGACUGUUGAGCUGCUCAGACAAUCAAAACACACCACAACACUCUGUAGCUCCAAACACAUCUUAAUCAGAAAUACAUGGUGCUGAUGGAGGGAACAAGGCUUUUUUAUGUUUUUAACACAUAAUUUAUAUAACUUAGCUAAAAGUCAAUUAAUUGAUUAAAUACCAAAAACUGUUUAUGACUUAGUAUUACAAGGUUAUAUCUGGGAGACAACAGUAGACCCUGCUAACUGACAAAUAAGUCAGAUAUAUCUUUAUAAUUCUAAGGUCAUGAUUUUCUGACUACAGCAAAGACUAGCUUGAUAGUCUUUGUUAUGUAUCACUAUGAAACAACUAAUUUUUGUGUUAUGUGUCAGUUUGGGGAAUGUUGGUGGUCAUUUGUCAUUAUUUUUUUACUUAAAUGACCCCAUAUUCAAAAAAGAAAUCAAAUCCAGCUACCCUAACUGAACCAACUACCUGUUAGCUCUGUGCCUGAGCUUUGGCUAACUGUUAACUGGCUAAUUAGCACUGGUUAGUUGUUAGACAGCUAUCUGUUUGUGCGUAGCUGUCGUUUACCUUUUAACUGGCUAGCAGUUAGCCUAGCAAACUUUGAAUCAGUCAGCUAGCUAUAGCUGGCUCACUAUUUGCCUUUUUUUUGGCAGUCUGGUGGCUAGCCUUAGCCUUUUUUUUAGCCAUAGCCUGUUAGCUCUCCACUGCCCGGCCUUACAAAGCACAGACAGAAUGAUUUCAUGUAACUUCUCAGAUUUAGAGUUUUUAAGUGUUUUCAGAAGGUAAGCAGACAAAAUAGAGGCAAAGAAAGAAAUAAAAACAAGAAGAGUAGUAUGUUUGGGUCGAGAUAAAUAGCACCAUUUUGUUCCCUAUUUAAUUAAACAGAUGUAAUUAUUAAGGACACAAAAUGGCAGCUGAAGGAGCUGUGAAAAGAGAGGAAGGUGGACUGAAGGCAGUUUUAUGGACAAGUUAUAAAUAACGUUCAAAUCAAAGGGCUCUGAUAUUAAAAAAAAAAAAAAAGUGAAUUUUAGAAACUUAAGUAUUUUCUGUUUGAAAAGAGAAAAAACAAUGUGGCUGCUGUAUCACCUGAAACAGCAAACA